AUGGAAGUUCUUCCGACGUUGGAUGAGUUGAAAGAGCUUGCUCAAUUUGAGCACGUGGUCUACCUCGACGCCGAUACAAUUGACUUCGUCGAUGAAGACGACGGUGAAGCUAUCGAAGCCCAACUUGCUGAGGUCUAUGCGCUGGAAGUGUACCGCGAAGAGAUUCGUCGUGCAGAGCAAGUCAACGUGGACGAAGCGGUUGCUUUGAGUUUUUACGCCAAGGAGGAGUAUAAACUACUACACUCUACCGACUCGGAUCUGGAUACGGACAGCGAUGAUGAUAACUCGACAAAACCACGCACCGGGUUUUAA